AUGUCCUACAGUAGAUUCAACGAAUUGUCAAUGAAUGAGAUUGACGAGGUUUUGUCUGAAUCAAAAUCCUUGAAAUCGAUUCCAGAGGAGGAUUCUGAAUUUGAUCUCCAUCAAUAUUCAGGCAACAGUUCUUGUAAGUCUUCGGCUUCGACCAUUGAUUGCAAAACAAACUUAAGACUAUCUCUCUCACAAUUCAAAACAAAAAACGAUUUGCCGGCACACAACUUGUCCAAGUCCUCUUCGAUCAGUUCUGUCACCUCAAACAACUAUGGACUACAAAAGACAAAAACAAUGGCUUGCUUGGGCAAGACAGAAACCUGCGAUUCUUUAAGAAGAAAUGGUUUGAAUCUCAACAGAAAACCGGUUUCUGAUGUUGUUGCUCCCACCUCUCAAAGUCCAAACAAAAGUUUGUUUCCUGAAGAAUAUACAAUAGAAACUGAAACUGGCUUGGUAAAGGCUUCAACCUUGUACAGAUUAAACAGAUCAAAAACUUUUCCCUCAAAUACCAGAAAAACGAAAUCUAACAGCACACACAAGACAAAGUCUCAUUUUUUUUCUAAAUUUUUUCAUUAA